CCGGUGCCUCCUUUUCUUCAGUCUUCCAUUGCUGCUGCUGCUGCUGCUGCUUUCGCCACUCUCCCCAGAGAAGCCUAGAAAACGAGGUCGGAAGAAGAAGAACCUGAGCAGAAGGGCGAGAAGAAGAGGAAGAGGAGGGCGGAAGGCGGCCUCCCAUCGAUAUCAAGCCUCCACCAUGAGCAUCUGGAACUACGUGGUCACGGCUCACAAGCCCACCAACGUCACCCAUUCUUGCGUCGGCAACUUCACCAGUCCCCAGGAGCUUAAUCUUAUUAUAGCGAAAUGCACGCGCAUUGAAAUUCACCUGCUCACCCCUCAGGGUUUACAGCCUAUGUUGGAUGUGCCUAUAUAUGGAAGAAUCGCAACGCUUGAGCUUUUCCGGCCUCAUGGUGAAACUCAAGAUUUUCUGUUUAUCGCAACCGAAAGAUAUAAAUUCUGUGUACUUCAAUGGGAUUCUGAGACCUCUGAGCUUGUGACAAGGGCAAUGGGGGAUGUAUCAGAUCGUAUAGGUCGUCCUACAGACAAUGGGCAGAUUGGCAUAAUCGAUCCUGAUUGCAGAUUAAUUGGUCUUCAUCUAUAUGACGGAUUAUUUAAGGUUAUUCCUUUUGACAACAAAGGGCUGCUGAAAGAAGCGUUUAACAUCAGGCUUGAGGAACUUCAGGUGUUGGAUAUAAAGUUUCUCUAUGGUUGUCCAAAGCCAACCAUUGUGGUUCUAUACCAGGAUAAUAAAGAUGCUCGGCAUGUUAAAACAUACGAGGUUGCUUUGAAGGAUAAAGAUUUUGUUGAGGGUCCUUGGUCUCAGAACAAUGUUGAUAAUGGUGCAAAUUUACUAAUACCGGUUCCUCCGCCGCUUUGUGGUGUUCUUAUAAUUGGAGAAGAAACAAUUGUCUAUUGCAGUGCUAAUGCUUUUAAAGCUAUUCCGAUUAGACCUUCCAUCACAAAGGCCUAUGGGAGAGUUGACGCUGAUGGUUCUCGGUAUCUAUUAGGCGAUCAUGCAGGGCUUCUUCACCUUCUCGUUAUAACCCAUGAAAAAGAAAAGGUCACGGGUCUCAAGAUUGAGCUCUUAGGAGAAACUUCAAUUGCCUCAACAAUAUCAUAUCUUGAUAAUGCUUUUGUCUUUAUAGGCUCAAGCUAUGGCGACUCACAGCUUAUCAAGCUAAAUAUACAACCUGAUUCCAAAGGUUCGUAUGUCGAAGUGUUGGAGAGGUAUGUCAAUUUGGGGCCAAUCGUGGACUUCUGUGUGGUUGACCUUGAGAGGCAAGGACAAGGUCAGGUUGUAACCUGUUCUGGAGCUUAUAAAGAUGGUUCUCUCAGGAUAGUUCGGAAUGGGAUAGGAAUCAAUGAACAGGCUUCCGUGGAGCUUCAAGGCAUCAAAGGGAUGUGGUCACUGAGAUCUUCUACGGAUGAUCCAUAUGAUACCUUCUUGGUUGUGAGUUUUAUUAGUGAGACCAGAAUUUUGGCAAUGAAUCUUGAGGAUGAGUUAGAAGAAACUGAAAUAGAAGGUUUCUGUUCUCAAGUGCAAACUCUUUUCUGCCAUGAUGCUGUAUACAAUCAGCUUGUUCAAGUCACUUCAAGCUCUAUAAGACUUGUGAGUUCUACAACAAGAGAGCUACGCAAUGAAUGGAAUGCUCCCUCAGGGUAUUCGAUCAAUGUUGCCACUGCUAAUGCCACUCAGGUCUUAUUGGCAACUGGAGGCGGCCACCUUGUAUAUUUAGAGAUUGGUGAUGGGAUUCUGACAGAAGUGAAGCAUGCACAGUUAGAAUAUGAGAUCUCAUGCCUUGAUAUAAAUCCAAUUGGGGAAAAUCCACAUUAUAGUCAGCUGGCAGCAGUAGGAAUGUGGACAGACAUAAGUAUCAGGAUAUUUUCACUCCCUGACCUGAAUCUCAUUACCAAGGAGCAUUUGGGAGGAGAGAUAAUACCCCGUUCUGUUCUCCUCUGUGCCUUUGAAGGGAUAUCUUACUUGUUAUGUGCCCUUGGAGAUGGGCAUCUCUUGAAUUUUCUAUUGAACAUGGAAUCAGGAGAGUUAACAGACAGGAAAAAAGUGUCUCUAGGGACUCAGCCUAUCACACUCCGCACUUUUUCAUCAAAGAGUACUACACAUGUAUUUGCCGCAUCAGACAGGCCAACAGUCAUUUACAGCAGUAACAAGAAGCUACUUUACAGCAAUGUGAAUCUUAAAGAAGUCAGCCAUAUGUGCCAGUUCAAUACUGCUGCUUUUCCUGACAGUCUUGCGAUUGCAAAGGAAGGUGAGCUUACGAUUGGCACCAUUGAUGAUAUUCAGAAGCUUCACAUACGGUCCAUCCCGCUUGGUGAGCAAGCACGCCGGAUAUGCCAUCAGGAACAGUCUCGGACAUUUGCAAUUUGCAGCCAAAAGUACAGCCAGUCAAGUGCAGAAGAAUCCGAUGUGCAUUUCAUCCGCUUGUUAGAUGAUCAAACCUUUGAGAUAAUCUCAACAUAUGCGCUUGAUACGUUCGAGUGUGGUUGUUCCAUUCUCGGCUGCUCUUUCUCUGAUGAUAAUAAUGUAUAUUACUGUGUUGGGACUGCAUAUGUUUUGCCCGAAGAGAAUGAACCAACCAAGGGAAGGAUAUUAGUUUUCCUAGUUGAGGAUGGGAAGUUACAAUUGAUCGCAGAGAAGGAAACAAAGGGAGCAGUCUACUCUUUGAAUGCAUUCAAUGGGAAACUAUUGGCCGCAAUCAAUCAAAAAAUUCAGCUGUACAAGUGGAUGCUACGAGAUGAUGGGUCUCGUGAGUUGCAGUCAGAAUGUGGGCAUCAUGGCCAUAUACUUGCUCUUUAUGUGCAAACUCAUGGGGACUUCAUUGUGGUUGGUGAUCUGAUGAAGUCUAUAUCACUGUUGAUCUACAAGCAUGAGGAAGGGGCUAUCGAAGAACGGGCUCGUGACUACAGUGCAAACUGGAUGACUGGUGUUGAGAUAUUGGAUGAUGACACCUACCUCGGUGCCGAGAACAACUACAAUCUCUUCACAGUGAGGAAGAACAGCGAGGGAGCCACUGACGAGGAACGGGGUCGCCUCGAAGUGGUUGGCGAGUAUCACCUCGGAGAGUUUGUGAACCGGUUUCGACACGGUUCCCUGGUCAUGAGGUUGCCCGACUCUGACGUCGGCCAGAUCCCAACAGUCAUAUUUGGGUCAGUAAACGGUGUGAUUGGAGUCAUCGCUUCCCUCCCGCAUGAUCAGUACGUGUUCUUGGAGAAACUUCAGUCGAACAUGAGGAAAGUGAUCAAGGGCGUCGGGGGGCUAAGCCAUGAGCACUGGAGGUCAUUCUACAACGAGAAGAAGACUGUGGAUGCGCGGAACUUCCUGGACGGGGACCUCAUAGAGUCGUUCCUCGACCUGAGCAGAGGUCGGAUGGACGAGAUAUCCAAGGCCAUGGGGGUAUCGGUGGAGGAGCUCUGCAAGAGGGUCGAAGAGUUGACAAGGCUCCACUGAGGAUGCUGUUUUCGCCCCUCGAGCAAACCGGGUCCAUGAUCAUCCCCAAAUUUCCAUGUCUGCCUGCCGACCGGAUUCAUCACCUUUGUUUUUUGAGCUUCUGGUUUUGUUGUGUGUAGAAUAGCAACAUUGUACAUGUUUGUUUUCCUCGUGUCCACAUGAAGCACCAUGACAGUUAUCUUCGUCGCCGUGGUUUCUUUUUCUAUUAUUAUUAGGGUAAAUUGCACUGGUGGUUCAAAAAGUUUUAUAAAUGUGUCGAUGUGAUACAAAAAAUUUUUUUUGCUA